UUCCAUAUAACAGGAUUUCCCAUAGACGACAAGCCAAUACACCUUCCUCAAUUCUUUGAUGUCCUCUUCAGAGCCUCCGUACCCAAACCAUCAACCACGAGCUGAAUCAGUUCGAGUUUUCACACUUAAUGACCAUGGCAUCAUCACUACAUGUGUUCAGUUUACUGGAUUUUGUUCUCGCAUUCGCCCAUCGCCAUUUUCCAUUGGUGAUGCUCGGUCUUGUGGCUGUCGUCUUCCUUGUUAGUAAAAGAAAAGCCUCAGUCUUUUUACUGGACUUCAAUUGCUAUAGGCCGCCCGAUUCUUGUCGGCUACCUAAGUGCAUGUUCCAGGAGCAUCUUUUUCUCGACGAAAAGGUCGAUCAAAAGAGCAAAGCUUUCCUAAGCAAGAUCUUCGAGAAGGCAGGGUUCAGCGAAGAGACCAGCAUUCCCGCAUCGAUUGCCGAGUUACCCAUAACAAAAUCACUUUCUUCUGGCCUAGAGGAAGCCGAGACGGUCAUUUUCCCCGUUGUACAUGGGUUGCUGAGGAAGAACAACGUUAGCCCUAGAAGCAUAGACAUAUUGAUUUGCAACAGUACUAUGUUUUGUCCCACGCCGUCUCUAACUGCCAUGGUGGUGAACAAGUUCGGAAUGAGGAGCAAUAUCCAAAGCUAUAACCUCUCUGGCAUGGGGUGCAGCGCCGGUGUCGUGUCCGUAGGCCUGGCACAAGACCUGUUGAGGGUUCACAGGAACUCCUUGGCCCUUAUCAUAAGCACCGAGAUUCUCAGCAUGAACUGGUACAAGGGUAAGAACACAUCCAUGUUGAUAUCCAAUUGUCUCUUCCGAAUGGGAAGCGCGGCGCUGCUCAUGUCGAGCCGAGACCAAGACAAGAAGGCGGCCAAGUAUGAGCUUCAACACAUUGUCCGAACGACCAGAGCUCAUGACGAUCAAUCUUAUGCAUGCGUGUACCAGGAUGUGGACUCCGAGAACGAACUUGGGGUGUCGAUAUCCAAGAGCAUUGUGACUGUUGCUGGGGAAGCACUAAAAGCAAACAUGGCUUCCUUAGGCCCUCUGGUUCUGCCUUACACAGAGCAGUUCCAGUACGCAUUGUCCAUUAUCAAGCGAAAGCUCAGUACCAGGAGGAAAACAGAGAUUUACAUACCGAAUUUCAGGAGAGCUUUCGAGCACUUCUGCAUACAUGCCGGAGGGAAAUCCGUCAUAGAAGCGAUCGGAAAGAACUUGAAGUUGGGUGAAGAAGAUCUGGAAGCAUCGAAGAUGACUCUAUACAAGUUUGGGAACACCUCAGCUUCAUCCAUCUGGUAUGAGCUUGCUUACGCAGAAGCCAAAGGGAGAGUAAAAGAGGGGGAUAGGAUAUGGCAGAUUGCCUUAGGGAGUGGGUUUAAGUGCAAUAGUGCCAUGUGGAGGUGCAUAAACCCAGCAAGAUCACAGGCAGCCAAAGUGUGGGAAGGCAAAAUGGAGUAAGACAGUAUCGAAGUACAGCAGAUCUCAUGAGAGAAGCAGGUUCUAUCUCGAUGAGUUAGCAGACAUAAGCUUGCAGCUUCAUCUCUGAAUUGUUAUCUUCAUGAAAAUGCAAAUUCUAUCUUUAGAUCAACCAGAGUAAUGGGUAUAUUGUAACCAUCCUUCAAUCUUAGCAAGACAGAGUCCAAGCCCUCUGCUCUUAGCUAAGAUGCAUUUUUAAUUAAAUCUCCAGCACACACUAAGUAGCAUAUUUCAUCAUGAGGGUGUUCAUGUCCCUAGCUCAACAAUUUUGGAACUCAAAACUCGAUUCAUAGUGAAAAGGACAACGAAAAUAAAUCUGCUUGCAAUCUGAAAGCCAGAGAGUUACAAACCAAAAUCCAAUAAGAACAUUGAAAUGUUGGAAAAUGGUGAACGACAUCUUUUGAGCAAGUGAAUCAUGAUAUUCUAAUGUU